AUGAACUGCUCCUCUUCUGCGACGGUGCUCGCGCGGCGUGCCUCUGCCUGUGCUAGUCGGGCGAGGACUCUAGCGUCGUCGUCAUCGCAGUCGUCUGCAAAUUCGGCCGCUCUCACGUCGCCGCCGUCACUAGCUGCUCGUCGAGGAGGAGCCACUCGCGGUUUAUCACAAUGUCGUCGAGUCUCCGUGCAGCAACACCGAGCAUUCUCAUCGACAUAUCUGAAGCACCAAGCACAGCCUGUCACUGACCUCCCGCCGUCAUCCUCGGAGGGACUCGAGGCCUCGAUACUGGGCAAAGCCAGCGAUGACGGAGCGAACGUUGCCCCCAGCAUCCUCUCACGAGCGUCGACGGAUCCCGACCUGAAAAGAUCGUCUACCUCCUCCAUCCCUCAGAGCUCAUCACAAACACAAAUACCACAGUCAUCGCCGCCGGCACCGUCGGCUUCGUCCUGGGACCCGUCGCUGAUUUACUCCUCCUCCUCAUCAUCAUCAUCCACCUCGCACGAGAUCCCCGACGCGGACGCAGAAUUCCUAUCCACCUCGCCCACGCUGGUAGGGACGGUGACGCGGGCUGGGACGAUGCAAAAGACGGUGCGGGUGACGCGGCACAUACAGGUGUGGCACGCGCACUUCCAGAAACACUUUACGCGGCCGACGCACAGCCUGGUGCACGACCCGCACAACCUGCUGCUCGAGGGCGACGUGGUGCGGUUCGGCGCGUUCCCGCCCUCGAUCCGGCAGCAGAGAGACCGCCGCGGCCAGGUCGUCGUCAAGAGGCACCGGCCGCGCGACCGCAACGGCAUGGUCAAGGAGCAGGGCGUGCGGUACAUUGUCCGCGAGGUCCUCAGCCCCUUUGGCGUACCCGUCGCUCAGAGACAGCCUAGGGUCGUGGGCAGCGAGAAGGGCAGGUGGGCCGGCACCGAGGGCGAGACCAAGAAGUUGGCGGUAAGACAGAAGGGAAGGAGGAAUGCAAAGGCCAGCGGCAGCAGCAAGAAGAACCAGCCGAAAGCAAACCAAAGCGCCAACGUCGUGGAGGGAGAACGGGUCUCGUAA